UAUAAUUGAGUGUUUAUGAUAACUUUCAAUGCUUUUCCACGCUUUCAAGUUUUAUUUCGGAAUAAUUUCGUGUUUCGGAAAUAAAAAGUAGUCAAUGCUCUUCUGCAAUAUCUCAACAAUCUUAAAACCAAAAUUCAUAAAAAUUGGCUUAGUGUUUUAGGCUUGAAAAGAGAAAAUUUAUUCCUCAGUUCGCUCAACCCCACCAACCUUAUUUAUCUUUCUGCUCGUCAGCUGUUUAGCUGUCUCCAUAUCUCAUUGAAAGAGACUCAACUAUACUUACAAACGUGAAACAAAAUCUGUUUAAUUUGUACAUUGAAUUCCUGUGUGAGUUAACUAUACAGAAUUAAAACAAGUGAUUACAUAAGGCAGAAAAAUGGCUCAUGGACAAUAUUUAGAAGAAAUGAUCAAGGAAUAUCUCUUGUUUCGAGGGUUUGGUAACACUGUUAAAGUAUUUGAUGCAGAAUUAAAAACAGAUAAAGAAAAAGGAUUUCGUGUUGAUAAAAUCAUAGAGCAACUGUUACACUUUAUAAACACUUAUGAUCUCACAUCAUUGAGAGAACUAUGGAUGCACUUUGAUAGUCAUCUGUUUUCAAAACUAGAGAGUCAAUUUGUUCCAGGCAUCAAGAAGAUAGAAAAUGCUGUGCUUAAAAUGUAUCUGAUAAAUACAGUUGUCACUAACAAACCUGAAAAAAUGAACGAAUUCUUUGUUAAAUUAACUCCUGAGCUACAAGGACAAAGUGAAUGGAAGGACUGGUUCAUGUUACCAUACAUUAAAAAUCCAGAAGAAAAUGCUUUCUUCCAAAUAUACUUCUCAAAACAAUGGCAGGAUACAUGUUUGGUAUCCUUGCACAAUUUUCUGGCUUCAAUAUUUCAGUUCAUGCCGAUGCCGAAACUACUACAAUACGAAGAAGACGCGAACAAAAUAAGACUCUUAGAGGAAAAGAAUGAACAUCUAACGAAACAAAUCAAUCUGCUGAUUGAAAAGAAUCCGGACAACACAAUCAGUCCUUGUCUUGUGGAGCCACCGCCACAUUUGCUCGACGAUUUCUACAUUAUAGCACAGGAAAGCGCAGUAAAUGAGAAUCAAACGAAGAGCUUCAAGAAUUUAAUUCGUAACAUGAGCAGUGGCUCCAGCCCGAUUUUAGGGCGCAAGGAUAACUACAACCGGAGCAAGAAACUGAGUUCGAGUAUGAGCAGCAAAAGUGUCAAGUCCGGACAAAGCUUCUUUUACGAUUCGUAGAUGUGUGUUAUUCCAUGUGAUAAUUUAGAUUUUUUAAAGUACAAAACAUGAUAUUCUGAUGGGUUCGACUAAAGGUCAAUUUUUGUCAGAAGCUUCGGCCUGAUUUUCGUUUAGUUUGUAAAUGUUUCGAUUACAACUUCUCUAUUGCACAAUUACUUGUAAAUCAGGUUGGUUGCUUCGGUUGGACCCAAAACUCAAUGUUUUAAAUCGAAAAUUUCGAGCAAGAGCGGUUCCACAUCCGAUGGAUUCACGUCCAAAUAGCAGUUGAUCACUUCUUCGUUCAUUUUGUGUAAUUCGGAGAUUUUUUGAAUCAACUUUAGGAAAGUAGAUUUCGCUUCGCACCCGGGAUACACGCUUUCCAGAUAUCGACGUAAAAGGUAAUAAUACGAGUUCUACAAAGAAAUUUUUAAUAUAAAAGUAUAUGUACACAAUGUUUCUUAAGUAAUUUACCUGUUCUAACUUAAUAACGUCUUGAUGAACCACACGCGCUCGAUCGGGUGUGAACAAUGUGAUAGCACAUAGUAUUAAUAUAAUAUUUUCGUCGUUGCGCCAUUUCUGGUCGAACGUCGUUAUGAA